CUAAAGGCGUAACGGUAAAGUUACAGAACUGGUCUGAUAAUGAAAGAGAUGUGACGGUGACGGGAAUCUGCGGAAAUGUCUGUCGUGUCGGUAUCUCUGUGUGUGCUCGGGGGGAUCGUCAUUGUGUGUGAGAUUGUGAGGAGAGCGAUUCCAAGCCUGUUCUCUGGGAACAGGAGAGAUUGUGGAAUCUACACUGCGGAGAUCAUUUCUACGGUUCAGCUUUGCGCAUGCGCUCACGAGUUAAAGCUUCUGUCAGAAGAUGCGCCUGAAAUCGCUCUAAGCCUCACCUACGUUGUGUCGGUGAUCCACGCGCUGACGUUCCGCGGCGCUACCGGUAACCCAAAUGCGACGCUCGAGCGCUACUGGUGUAACUCUCUGGAUGGCGCAUGCGCACUGCGGAGGACCGCGUGCCAAUUUGCUGCGUCCGUGGCUGCUUCUUUGGCCAUGCGCCGCACGUGGGCUUUCGGAUUCUCGGAUCUACACGCGCGCCAUGAGCGAGCAGGCUUCACGUGCGCGAGUCCGAUCGCUAACGUGCAUCUGCUGCAAGCCGUGACCGUGGAGCUCGCGUGCGCAUUUGUUGUGCACGUAGCCGUGACUCUCACGCGCGGUGUGGAAGAAAAGUACAGAGUGCACGCUGUAGCCGCCGUGAUCACUACAGUGGUGUAUGCAGGUGGCAGCACAACAGGAGCUGUGUUCAACCCAGCACUGGCUUUCUCAGCACAGUUCCCCUGCACUGGCAGCACAUUUGCAAAGAAUGGGCUUGUCUACUGGCUGGGACCCGUUUUAGGCAUGGCAUGCUCUCUCCUGCUGUUUAAUAAAGUCGGUAUGGCUUUCACAACAAAGAGCCCACCACACAAGGACCAGAACCUUCAUGCUGUCAAGAAGAGAAAGAAGAGAAACUGAACAAAAAUGGAAGCAUGAACAUUGUUUCUUCGCUCAAUUUUUUAAAUGCUGGAUAAUGUUUUAAAAUAUUGAUUUUGCACAGGAGCAUAGGAAGGUAUCUGUUUUUAGCAGGACUUGAAAUAGGUGUUGGUUUGAAUGGGGUAUUUUAUUUUAUCUUACAUCCUAUAAUGGUGAGAAGAGUUAGAACGUAAAUGUACAUAUACAUACUGAAUAUAUAAUUAUCUAACAAUAGAUUUAAUUAAUAAACAGCUGCUAGUGCUGCUAGACAUUACAGCAAAAAGUAACUGGAAAUUAGUAGCACAAACAACACACUACAGGUCAAGAGCCCAGAGUUUGCAUGAAUUUAAUGUGAAUUAUCAUAACUUAAAUAAUAGGUGGAUAUACAGGUGUGAUGUUUAUGGUGUGUAUGGAGUUCAUUAAUCUUUACUCUAUACCCCUAUACGGCAGACGAUAUCCAUGACGGACAUCAACGGAGAAAUGAAUGUUAUAUCAACUACUGUUUAAACAGUUUCACAGCUGCAGUUUAUAAAAAGUGUUGAACGUCAUCUUUUUUGAUAGUGAAGAUGUGUUCAUUGUACGAGUUAGCCUUAAGCACAUACCGUGAAACAUUACAAAGCAAGAAAAUAGGUUGUUUUUAUGUUCAGACCUAUCCAUUGUUUAUACAUCAUAUUCCUAUUCGAGUAUGUUUUAAAAAGUGUAUCUUUGUAUUACACUGCAACAUUCCUUAACCCAGAAAUGUGUGAUGGAUUAGCUUUAGAGUUAACAUUUUUAAAAAGGUAUUUAGAGUUUCAACCAUGACAACAGGUAUGUCUCAAUUAGCAUGCUAGCUAACACGCUAGGUGGUGAAUCACUGUGUUGUGCACACUAUGUUAGGACACUGACAUGGAUGCUGGAUCACUAAACAUUUGGGCACUGAUGAGUCAAAUUCUUAAAAAGUGUAAAAACCCAAACAUAUAAAAUAUUUCUUAUUUAUAAAUUAUCUAAAUCUAGCUUAAUCACACACAGGUCUCUCAUGGUCCUUCUGGCCGGAUCUGAAGCUAGUGAGUGGAUUUUUUUUUUAUAUGAUUAAACACUUCAAAAUUGUUAGGCUCAAGUCGUAUAUAAUGUAGAACAUAUAAAUUAAAGUUUAAACUUGAUCAUUUAAGAGCUUCAACCACAACAAUGACAAGCUUAAUAGAUUGUAUAAUGAAGUUCGGUUUGUCCGUUUUCUUUCAAGCUGAGAAGCUUCAGAAAAUAUGACCUCAUUCAUUUCCAGUGGAGGAACAUAGUAGGCAAAGAUGUUUCCUGGUUUUUCAGUGCAGGAAGUGAAUGUUCAUGAAGCCUUGAAGGACUUUGUAAUGAUGAGGGACAGUCAUUUCUCUGACAGCUAAACUCGGAGUUGAUUGAGCCACACAUGUUUGUUUGUUUCGAUUCUGAGCUAUUUUAUCUGACAAGUAAUUAUUCCUCAGAACUAUUCCUUGAAUAUCACCGACUACUAAUUAUACGCACAUUAUUGCUGGAAUUUCUGGCCAGGGAUGAAAUCUGCCAGUAGUGUGAAGUGAGAAAUUCUGAGUGAAUAUCUAAUAAAGCACAAUUCUAAUACCUCUUAUAUACAGACACUGGACCAAGCUAACUUCAUCAAUACUUAUUUCAAUGCUAAUAAAUGUCUUGCAAUAAAGGAAUGGCAACAUACAGCAAA